GUCGGAAAUAUUGCCAAGUCUGACACGAUCUUAUGUAAAAUAACUAUCGAUAGUUUUUUUAAAACCAUCGAUAAUGCCAAGUAUUUGGGAAAAAAUGAUUGCAUUUGUUUAUGUCUGGACUGAAAAUUAAAUUAAGUUCGCCAUGCUUAAACUAUUUCCCGGCACCACAUUUGGUGGUCGCCCAAGUGCAAAAUGUGGGGAAAUCUACUGUCACAGCUCCGCCGAAUUUACCAUAGUUUGUUCGCUCUGCGGUUUGAAGGCAUUUCGCUAUGAGGACUUAUUGAUGCACUGCAAGAAAGUACACUUCGACAAUGAUUUAUUGCGGAUGGAGGAAGUCCUUCUCGAAGUGGCACCCUACUCGGCACCAAUGGUGAAAGAUGAGCUUAUAAUUGAAGACAACAAUUAUGACGCUGACUUCAUGGAAAUUACCGACUUUGGCAUAUCUAAUACUGAGAACGAUGCUAGAUUGCGCAUCAUUAACGAGGAGGAUAAUCAAGAUUGCGAGGAAAAUUUCCCACAAGUUCCUCGUCAAGAAACGGUUUACGAUGCUGGAUUGCGCAUCAUUAACGAGGAGGAUAAUCAUGAUUGGGAUGAAGAUUUCUCACCAGUUACUCGCCAAAAAACGGAAGAUAAUCAUGAUUGGGAUGAAGAUUUCUCACCAGUUCCUCGUCAAAAAACGGUAUACGAUGCUGGAUUGAGCAUCAUUAACGAGGAGGAUAAUCAUGAUUGGGAUGAAGAUUUCUCACCAGUUCCUCAUCAAGAAAAAGUAUACGAUGCUGGAUCGCGUAUCAUUAACGAGGAGGAUAGUCAUGAUUGGGAUGAAGAGAUCUCACCAGUUCCUAAUCAAGAAAAGGGUAAACAAAUUAAUGGUCGCCUAAUUGAAACAUACAAAUGUGAACUGUGUUCUCGUUCUUACAAAGGCAAACAGAUUUUGCGCCUACAUUUAGAAAAAUCACAUAAUCUUGAAAGGGGAAAAACUGUAGUUAUACAAAUGCAAAAAUGUGAGCAAUGUCCAAAGAAAUUUAAAACAUUGCGCAGAUUGGAAGAUCAUUACCUAACAGAUCAUGGUGGCAUGAAAUGUACGUUUUGUGAAAGGAGAUUAACGUCAAGGACAAAUCAGUUAAGACACAUUGAAACUCAUACGCACGGAACAGAGGGAAGAUUUGCCUGCGAUUACGAAAACUGCACGAAACGUUUCUUUAAACGUCGAAAAUAUGAAGCUCAUAAGCGAACCCACCUCGCAACCAAUAACUUCAUUUGUGAUAUAUGUGGCUAUUCUUGUGGAGUGCCUGAAAUGCUUAGGGUACAUUAUCGUUCGCACAAAAGAGAAAGGCCAUACGAUUGUGAGGAAUGUUGUAAACCCUUCAAAUCUAAAUGGGCACUCAGACAGCACGAAGUAACGCAUGCAAAACCACUGUAUCAUCAUAAGUUAAUGCAUCCAAAAGAGAAGAAAUUCAAAUGUGAGAUUUGCGGACAAGCAUAUUCGCAGCGGGCGGAACUGGAUGGACAUAUGAGACGGUAUCGUGAAGAUGGCCAAUGUUGUUAUUGAGAAAAACCAUUACCCUUUUGAGUGAGAACUUAUGAACUUUUUUGACUUGAAUAAAAAACUAAAGAAAAAAUGCCAAGAAAUUCUUGCCGCUUGCGCAAAAGCACACACACAGCGUUGCCGAACUGAUGUUUUCAGUCCGGAAGGAUGAAGAUCUAAGCCGAAAUUGGACAGAGGUAUGCAACAAAAUUAAGGGUUAAUGCCAGUAUUAAA